AAACGACACAUUCGUCUGCUUUACCAUAAGAAUUCUUGGUAAUGCUUGGGUCUUUUACGACGUUCUAAUCAUUAGCAUGAGGUGAGGACGGCAGUUUGGAAAGGAUGAAGCCCUUCAGCUCUGGAGGUAGUCGGCCUGUCACAGAGGUGUUUCGCUGUGCCUGGCUUCUGCUGUCUGUGAAUAUGAUCACGGCCUACCCAGGCGAGGAAAAACAUGACAUUGGUACAUUGGCUGGGGAUGUACAGAACUGGGCCAUUCUUAUACAGAACUACAUCCAACAGUUAGCCAAUGAUGGUAUUAAGAGAGAUUACACCCAGAGCUACCUGGACCAGGCAAACUAUACAUAUGAGAAAAUUGAUGGAGAGGAGAUUGUUAAACAAGUGCGGGUAACUCUGUCAGACUAUUUCCGAAAGAAGAAACAUGCUGCUAAGGCAUUGGCUAAGAAAGUAAGAGAAUUGUAUGACAAUUCUAUCCGCUACAAGACCACAGAACACUUCAAAAGCUUAUCAGACCUGAGUGAUGAUGUUUAUAAAGAUUCCGAUAUCACAUCUACUUUACCACAUGAUAUGAAGUUUGACCCGUACUUCAAGCAGAAUGUGAGUCGAACCCACUCCACUGUGAAAAUCUCUGAUGAGGUGCCUCGGGAUGACCCGCGCACAAUCCAUGCUGUAUACUACACUGCAGGCCUGGAGGAUGUGUUCAAGGAAAACACCAAGAAGGACCCCAUGGUCAGAUGGCAGUACUUUGGCUCCACUGCUGGUGUUAUUAGAACAUACCCGGGUCGAGAGGGUUCCAUCAACUUUGCAGGAUUUUACAAUGACUAUGACCCUAGAGCAAGACCUUGGUACAUUGCUGCUACAAGUGGCCCUAAGGAUGUAGUCAUAAUCCUAGAUUGUAGCCGAUCAAUGAAAGGAGAGAAGUUCUCUAUAGCAAAGGCUGUGGCCAAGGCAGUGAUCAGCACACUAACGAAACAAGACUAUCUCAAUGUGAUCUGUGCCCGUGCCAGUCACUGGGACGAAGUUGGAAAAUGGCAUUAUUUUGCCACUGAAGUUUUGAGUUCAGAGAAGAGGAGGGUCCCAGCCACCAUAGCUCACAGGAAGGACCUCAUAGAGCAAAUCUCCAAACUGACGCCAGGAGGCACAAGUGAACUACAAGAGGGCUUUGAGAGAGCAUUUAACCUCCUGAAAAGUAGUCCCCGCACAGGAUGUCAAUCUCUGAUCGUGUUUGCUACUGACGGUAAAGAUACUGAUGGGGAAGAAGUCAGGUGUGGCCCAGGUUACUACACUCGCAGCGGGUAUGUGCCAGGACCAAUCUGUAAGUACAACUGGACGCGGGUAUGGGAUGUAGCCAAGGAGAAGAAUGCACAGCUCAGCCCUGCCGCAAGAAUCUUCAGCUACCUCACCAAGGAGGAUGCAGAGGAAUUCCCCGGCAGACUGGCAUGUAGGAACAAUGGCAGCUUACAGAGAUUGGACACAGGAGAAAACCUUAUCUCACAGAUGAGCAACUAUUUUGACUUCCUAGCAUCCAACGCCCGUAGUCAACGUGGCCUGUGGACGUCACCGUACCUGGAUUCAUUCUCCUUAGGGCUGAUGGUCACUCAAGCCAUACCGGUCAUCAGUAGAAUGACAGGAAAGACCAUAGGUGUGGUGGGUAUUGAUGCGACCCUGGAUGAGAUCGGCAAUGUCCUUACCAGUCACAUGAGGGGCACAGUCUAUUCUUUCCUCAUUAAUAACCAAGGAGAGGCAAUUUUCCAUCCACGACUCAAACCCAGCACAAAUCUGGUUGAUGACCCUAUGUUUGUGCCAAUUUCGGAGUUGGAGCGGGACAAGGAUGGAAACCCAAAGGAGUUCUCAAUGAUAGAAGAAGAGAUGAGAGCAGGCAAGUCAGGAAUAAUACGGGUGGAGAAGUCACGCCUCAACGGUAUGCCACGGACGUAUUACUACGCUGGUCUGGAGGGAUCAAGAUUCUCCUUUGCCUACAGUAUGGCUGACACAGACAAGGAGUUCCGCCGCUCUAAAGAACCUGUUGACCGCAGUCCCUACAAGACCAGCUACUAUAACCUCCUGAAGGAAUACAAUAGCACCAAGGUUCGUAAAGUCCUGAAGGGUGUGUUUGAGAUGCUGGAUGUCCGAGAGAAUGAGGACAAGUAUCCCGGACUGAGAAUAACUUACAACUACUCUACAAUCUUCCUACCUCCUGGUGCCCACUGUGACCCCACACGCUACAUCUAUGACGAUGACCUUGCCCAGAAAACCAUCAAUGCUCAUACAUGGAUCAACAGCUAUGAGGAGGAUGUUGGCUGUGAGGGGGGGCAACUCUAUGAUAAAGGAGUCAGGGCAGAUGUUCUGAUCACACAGCCUAUAGAGGAGAUUUGGAAGAACCGUGCAUUUGAGUCCCUCAGUCAGGUCAAAUGGACCAAUGUCGGACUGAGGAGUGGCGUCUUCAGAACCUACCCAGGUCAUAGGUCAAAGAGAGUUUAUGACCCCACAAAACGUCCAUGGUACAAACGAACAAGCGCAAAUCCUGAGCGGACUUCGAUCUCAACACCUUACAUGGAUGCUGCAGGAGUAGGGAAGAUCAACACAAUAUCACAGGCCGUCUUUGAGGGCAUGACGCCACGCACAGACGAAGAGUGUCAGAACAUCACCGGACCUAAACCAGGCGGCUGCAGAUGUGAGGAAAAUGCUGAUUGUAAGAUAGCUGUGUGUUACCUGAGCAAAGCGCCAGGGCCCAAUCGGAACCACCGGCGGUGUGCCACAGAGAGAGUGGAGGCAGUGACAGGACUGGACAUCCUGUAUGAUGACUUCCAGAACAAGACUAUGGGGAGUAUGCAGGCCAGUGACUUCAAGAAGUCAUGUGGACAGCUGUACCAGUGCCCUGAUGGAGAACCAGGCUGUCAGACUAGGUGUUACCUGUUUGACACAUCAGCCUACCUGGUGAUGGACCCUGACUUCAUGUUGGUUAGCAUCCUUGACAAGAGCAAGUAUUCUAAGGUGACACUAGGGCGUAAAGAGGGGGAGGUGAUGAAGGAUCUCAUCUACAAACAUGGUUUCCUAGAGAGAACAGAGUCUAUAGACUUCCAGGGAACCUGCCGAAUUUCACCUAGUGCUCCCAGGGUGACAUUAGCAGGACUCCCUAGUAACCCUGCAGAAACAGAUGACUACUACAAGAACAGAGGCCCUAUACCUAAAUUCUCCAAUGACUUUGGGUGCAUCCAGGAUGUUGUGGGCUACAAAGUAAAUGAUGAAGCACUAGGUCCCAGUGGGAUGAUCACGGGCAAUGUGUCGGGGCCGUGUAUGUCUGGGUUUUACUAUGUGACUGCCUUGCCCAGGACUAACCUUUACCUACUUGUUAUUGAGAACUGGAACUCUUACAGAGCAACGCUGUUCUACAACUUCAACUGUAAGAUAACUCGCAGUAUCGUCAAUUCUGGGGCAUAUCGUAUUAUCAAUGGGACAUGUGCCCAUGAGGAUACAUCAUUGAGCACACUUGCAGAACAGGGUCGCUGUCCAGCUCUGCGUGACCUUGACCUUCAGUGUAAGUACCAGACGGGUCACAUGUCGAUCCCACCCAUCUGGCUGAUACUGGCCUCUCUCAUCAUACCGGCAUGGAUCUUUAGAUGAAUGGACAUGGGAGACAACUUGGGGUUUGUUAAGAUGCUGUCUUCCUGGAAUACUUAUUUAUAGAGCACAGUAUGUGAUGAUUGCAUCAGGGGGCACAUAAUUUACAUGUAUUAGUCACACGAUUACCCCUACUCUUAUUUUCACUUGUAUUUUAACAUGUUCUUGUUUGGCUGUAUGAUCUUGUCUCCAAAAUACCAUUUCACAGCUUUCUUUGUAAUUGAAUAGGUUAUUUUCAAAUGUUAAAAUUCAUAACUCUCUAAGAGGUGGUGUAGGUGUGCAGCUACUCGGCUGUAUUACAAAACGGACUACUGGUAGUAGAAUGUGGUUAGGAAGGCCAGUAUUUCAUGGGAGGAUUAGUAAAAUUGCUUGGCCUAUUUCAACAUUAGGAUUUGUGAUGCUCCCAGAAAGUCCCAAAUAAUGACAAUAAUACUUAUAGCCAUACAUGGAUUCCAUAAUAAUAAUGAAGCCGAGGUCUCACUACAUAAAUGUAAAAGGCUUCACAAGCUUUUGACCCACAUGCUGGAAUCUUUAUCAAGUGAUGAAGGAAGUCACUUGGUAAAAAUCACAUUUUUUACACUUUCGAAUUGACGUGGUCAUGCUUUGACUUUGACUAGUAUUAAUGAUAAUACUAUUAAGUACACCACUUUCUAAAUUACAUCCACCAGUCUGAAGGCAAGCUGAAGUCUAAUAUCUAAGGGUCUCGUAAGGUGAGCACUGGAUUGCCUGGAAGGUUUUAAUUGGCAAGGUGCAAUUCCGUAUGUCAUAUAUAAGUGAUAUGUGAUUUAUUUGUUUUCAGUGUUAUUGUUCACUGUAUAAUUGUAUGUUAAAUGUGAAAAAAUGACAGAAUGUUUGGGAGUGUUGUAAAGGAGUAUAAUCAUUGAGUUUAAUAGAGUAAUAAUCAAUAGACAGUAUUUUUCUGAAUAUUUGAUUCUAUACGCACCACAGUUUAUUUAGUGUUUUUCAAUAAUUUCAUGUUUCAUUGUAUUAAUUGUUGCUUGUAUAUGUACAUCAGUCAUGAAGUACUUAAUUCUAGCGACAGUACAAUCUCUUUCCGCAUGAGGCCAAAUUAUGAACUGUGUAAUUGUAUUUGGUUUCUACAUGCACAUGUUUCUGUGUUCAUACACUAAUACUCUGGACUAAAUGCUAAAUAGGAUGGCCUUGAGACUGAAAGAUCCAAAUAAAGGUUUUGACCAAGAAAAUCAUAAAUAGUUACAUCUUAACAUGGGAUAAUUUCUUUUUCGUGUUUGAAGAGAACCAAUGCUCGCCUUGAGCAUGUCAUAGUUGAGUUAAAUGUACAUAUAUUAAAUACAAAAUACAAAUGUUUACACUUCUCCCUCAUUACACUGCUGUGGUGAUCGGGUACAAACGUGUGUCCUAUGUGGGUGGAGUGCUUUGUUUGUGGUGUAUAAAGUUUUGUGUACACGAACAGCUGAUGACAUGUACAAUAUAGUGAAUGGACUCUUGAUACUGGAUGCUCAUUGUAACCCAAGUGUGAUCUCAUGGCUUUCAUUGAGUAAGUACAAGAUGAUAAAACUUGUGACUGCAAAGAAGAUGAAGAAUUUCCUUCUGAAAAUAAUGUAUACAUUGAGUCGCAACAACAUGAUGAAAAAUUUGGGCUACAUGCUUGUGAAUAUGUGGUAUUGAACCGUGUUAUGAGGGAGAGGUGUGGCAUCGAUGUAGUCAGGGUUUAUUCUGUGAAAACAUGUAUAGACGUGUAUGUUAUACCAUGUAAAGUGAGAUAUUAACUGGUAAUUACAUCAUAGGACAUCUUUGGCAUGUUGUAUAGACAUCUGUUUCACCUGACAAUCUGACCAAUCAGGAGAUACGUAGGAUCACUGUCAAUACUCAGAGUGGGCACAUACAGCUAUUGCCACAAAUAUUUUGCACAAUCAUGAUUUCAUAGUAGGAAUGUCAUGUACAUGUAAAUACUGAAGUUUUAUUCACAUUAAUACAAUUUCACUGCAGCUUAUUAAACCUGUCGCCAUUCUGGCUUGAAAUAGUGAGUAAUACUCAGUUUAUAAAACAUAUACAGGAACAAGAUGGUGUUGUAAAAAAAGAACAUGUUUUGUGGAAAUGAUAGUUUUUUAGCCAAACUUGUACUAUGUAGCGUAUAUGUACUGUUUUAUAGAGGAUGAAGUGAUGUGACCUUGUUCAGAAUGACCAGUCAGGUAUGUGUACAGUUGUUUGGUUACCUGGAUGGUCAGUUGAACAAGGCUGUGUCAGGUAGAUGAUUGUUGUUUGUAACAUUCUUUAAUACGUUGGAGCACAUGUUUUUGACAUAAAAUUAGCACAAAGAAUCUUGGCUUGAUUUAUAAUGUGUAUUAUACUAGCUAAUACCUUUAUUAAUAUAUUUAAUUAAGAUAAAGAAAUAAAACAAAUGUAGUAUUAGUUUGUACAGAUUGGUACACGAGUCAGGGUUUAAGUUUUCAGCUAUAAGUGAUUUCGUACCACAUGCCUUUCAUCUUGGUGUUAAAACGUGGUAGCUUAAUGGCUGUAUUGAAGCUUUAACGAUUUAUUAAGUCUUGUCAGAGUGUGUCAUCACUACAACGAAAACUGUUUUUAGAUCAUUCCAGUUCUGGAUUUGUUUUGAUAUAAAAGCAAUAUUACUUUCUAGCA